AAGAAACGAAGAAAUGGAGAAGAAGAGGAAGUGUUGGAUUCCUUCUUUUCUCUGUCUGGUUUUCCUUCUUCAUUCUUCUGCAAGUGCAACAACAACAUCUGCAGGUGGGCCGAAACCGGGUAGACAAAACCAGCAAUUCGUGCUUGUUCACGGGGCCUGUCAUGGAGCUUGGUCCUGGUACAAGCUACUGGGACUGCUGAGAUCCUCAGGCCACAACGCCACGGCCGUGGACUUGGGCGCAGCCGGCAUCAACCCGAAGGGUGUUCUUGAACUCCGGCGCCAAGCUGAUUACUUUAGGCCGUUGAUGGAGUUCAUGGCCUCUGUUCCUGCUGGCCGGAAACAGGUGAUCCUGGUGGCUCAUAGCCUGGGUGGACUUGCGGUUUCUAAAGCCAUGGAGGAGUUCCCGGAGAAGAUUUCUGUUGCUGUUUUCGUCACUGCUCUUAUGCCUGGACCAUCUCUAAAUGCCACCACUGUCAUGAGAGAGACAAACAGGGGGAAUGCGUCUCAGCUAGAUAAUCUCUUUACAUUUGACAAUGGACUCAACAAUCCUCCCACAACCUUCAUCUUUGGUCCAAACUACUUAGCAGCUAACCUUUAUCAGUUAAGUCCGAUUGAGGAUUUGGCUUUGGCAAGUACAGUGUUAAGGCCAAUACAUCUAUACAGCGAGAAAGAGGUGUCGAAGGAGAUGGUGCUGUCUGAUAAACAGUAUGGGUCAGUUAAGAGAGUGUUCAUCAUUUCUGGGCAAGAUAAGGUGGUGAGAAAGGAAUUUCAAGAAUGGAUGAUUAAGAAGAACCCUCCAGAUGAAGUGAAAGAGGUGUUGGGAUCAGAUCACAUGGUGAUGAUGUCUAAGCCAUUUCAGCUUUUUCAUCUUCUUCAAAAGAUUGCUCACAGCCAUUCUUGAAAACCCUACUAAUCUUCAAGAAAAUUUACACUCAUAUAUACAUUCAUAUGUAAUAACGUUCAUGCAUUGUGUACAUGCAUGGUGAAACAGCUUAAAAUGGGAAUCCCAGAGAAUA